UCAGUUCAGCUGAUAAGCCCAGCGUUCGAAUGUUCGACAACUGCUGCGCCGCCAAUCGAUAAUUUGGAAGAGAACGCGAUCCUGUGCCGUGUCGCACCAACACCCUGAAUCUUGUCUGGCCUUGGCCUGUCUUGAUAGGCGGUCUGAUCGCUGCUGCUUUCUUCUCCGUGAUGAUUUGAAAGCUUUAUUGUGGCCAAAGCGUCCCGAUGAAGCAUUCUCAAUUAGCCCCUCUUCCGAACGACCUGCCGUUUCGCAUAGUGUCAAAAACUAUUGGACAGGGAGCCUACGCAUGCAUCAAAAGAGCUUGUCCACUUCAGAGCGACUCGCCGGUAUUUGCGGUUAAAUUCAUACACAAAGAUUACGCAGCUCGACAUGGACGUAUUACUAGCAAACAACUCCAGAUGGAGGUUGCUCUGCAUAAACACAUUGGACGCCACAACAACAUCAUCUACUUCCAUGAGACGGGUGAAGAUGAUUGUUGGCGGUGGAUAGCCAUGGAGUUAGCGGAAGGGGGCGAUUUGUUUGACAAGAUCGAGGCUGACGAGGGAGUGGGGGAGGAUGUGGCGCACGUCUACUUCUGCCAGCUGGUAAAUGCAGUUGGAUAUAUGCAUUCCAAGGGAGUUGCCCAUCGGGAUAUUAAACCUGAAAACAUUCUUCUCUCCGCAAACGGGAAUUUGAAAAUAGCUGAUUUUGGACUUGCCACACUCUAUGAGUACCGUGGAGAGACGAAGCUGAGCACAACCCUAUGUGGUAGCCCGCCCUACAUCGCACCCGAGGUCAUUAAGUACAGUAACAGAGGUAAGUCCAAGGGACAAGGUUACAGAGCUGAUGUUGUGGAUAUCUGGUCUUGUGGAGUGGUCCUUUUUGUCCUCCUUGUUGGCAAUACUCCCUGGGAUAGCCCAACAGAUGAUAGCUACGAAUUUGUCGAGUAUGUGAAAACAAACGCCAAGCCAACAGAUGAGCUUUGGGAACGACUGCCGACGGCUGCACUGUCGCUUCUUCGGGGAAUGAUGAAGGUCGAUGCAUCGAACAGGUUCUCCAUGGAUGACAUCCGUAGACACCCUUGGUUUACGAGAACGAAUCCUUAUAUGUCUGCAGAUAACAGGUUAUCCAACCCUAUAAAUCUAGCUACGACCAUGCUCGAAUCAUUACAUAUUGAUUUCAAUAGAGACCCUCUAUCCCUUUCUUCUCAGCCUCAGCCCACCACUACAGAUACCGGUGCCAUGGAGAUAGAUGAACCAGGGUCAUCGAUGAAGUUUAAAUUUGCAUCCACUCAACCCGAACAUCCAGUCGAUGAUAUGCUGGAUUGGGAUGGACCCCCCAGGCUAACAUCACAAUCUGCGUUCUCCCAACCCAAGUCAAUGGAUACAGAUCAUGUUAUGCUCCUCAAUGAACGUUUAUCUCAAGACCCGUCGAUGUCUCAAUUCUCUGCCACCCCAUCCGUCCCUCUCAGCCGAACGCAGAACGCAGUGAACUUCCAUGAUAUAGUUCCCGCGUCUCGCCUCACCCGAUUCGCUUCGGCAUGGCCUCUUGGAUUACUAGUCCCACGCGUUUGUGAAGCGCUUCAGCUUCUGCAUGUGCCAGCAUCCCCAACAUCGUCUGAUUCUGCUGAUUCAACACUCAUCCGGAUACGGACCCAGGAUGACAGGAAGUGCCCCCUCCAUGGCAAUAUUAUUAUUGAAAGCAUCACAGAGGGGCAUGUGGAGGUUGAGUUCGUUAAAGUAAAGGGCGAUCCUUUGGAAUGGAGACGGUUCUUCAAGAAAGUAGCUAUCCUUUGCAAAGAUGUUGUGUUCAAACCUGAUACGUAGGGCGAUGUUCUGGAUAUACAUAUCGUCGUAAUGACCAUGUACGUUGGAAUCGCGAGAGCAAGGACCUACAUGUUGGAUUUCUCAUGAUUUUGAUGAUAAUAAUGCCAUCUAUAUUUACAUAUCAGAUACAUGCCUUUCAGCCAUU